UAGAGAAACAGCGUGUUGCGGAGCCAAACAGGCGAGAAAUUAAGUUUAUUUGAGAGAAGAAAGUAAAUCUGACCAAGAUGACGACUAUGGCUUCGCUCUUCUCGUUCACCCCUCCUGCCGUGAAAAGACUGCUUGGUUGGAAACAGGGCGAUGAAGAGGAGAAAUGGGCGGAAAAAGCUAUUGAGUCUUUGGUAAAGAAGCUAAAGAAGAAGAAAGGCGCCCUUGAGGAGCUGGAAAAUGCACUGUCAAAGCCGGGUCAGCCGUCAAAAUGUGUGACAAUCACUCGUAGUUUAGACGGGCGCCUUCAGGUCUCGCACAGGAAAGGUUUGCCGCAUGUAAUUUACUGUCGAGUAUGGCGAUGGCCCGAUCUUCAAAGCCACCAUGAAUUAAAACCGUUGGAUUGUUGCGAGUAUGCCUUUGGGCUGAAACAAAAAGAAGUCUGCAUUAAUCCGUAUCACUACAGACGCGUCGAAAGUCCUGGUAGGUUUAAACUUGGUAUUUGUGAGUUGAAGAGACUUUUUGUGAUGAAUUAUAAAGAAAAGACUAUAAAAGAACGAACCACUUAAGUGCUUUAAGAUUUAGUGUACCGUUUUAUUCUUUAUUCCGUUCUUUUUUAAUUUUCAUUAGGCUUUUUUGUGUAAUAGAAAAUGUCGGAGAUCACGAGAACCAAGCAACAUACAUGUAUGCUACCUGACUUUGCAACAUUAGAGAAAGACUAAAAACCAAUGAAUAUUUCCUGUUCUCUCUUCGUAGUUUUACCGCCAGUACUCGUACCAAGACAAAGCGAGUAUCCAAGACCGGCACCGCCGUUGCCCUCUCCAUUUAGAAGUGUCGAUGAUCCACCUAUGCCCUACAAUGCUUCAUAUCCCUUUUCAAAUCGACCAACUCAGCUUGAACACAGUCCUGCAAGCAGCUUUGACAUGCCAGGUGGGUAUGGAAUAUCUUCAUAGUUUUUUUUCUAAAUAUAUCCCCAUGGUUCCCAUUUUUAAAUGCAAAAAAUCAUGGCUUAACAAAAAUCCCCAUAUUCCAUGCUGUAUUAGUAAUAGUGUAUUAUUAUUAAUUACUGAAAUUAAAUGGCACCGCUAAAUAUAUUAAUAAUAUUGUUGUUGUCAUGAAAAACUUGAAUGGUCACAUAACCAUUUUAUCCUUGGGGAACAAAGUUUUUGCUGCUUUGGCUUGACCAAAAUCUUUGAGGUUGCAAUUGGGCAAGGGCAAAAUAAUUAUUUAAUUAUCUGUAACCUCCACUUAUUUGAAGUCUUUCCUCACUCUAGCUUCUAUGCUUUGAUAUUGAUGUCACUUUUCUCCGAAGAAUUAAGAGUAAUGGAAUGUGUAGUUCGUCUUCCUUAUGCCUACUGGGCAAAACAUUUUUAGACAAUCUUUAUUUUGGCCUUUUUUGAAGGUCAAGAUAUCUUGAUAUAGCACUGAAAAUGCAGAUAUAUUGGUGUGGGUCAGGAAUUUUCAAAGUAACUGUCAUCCAAAUACAAGUCACUGUGUGACUUUCAGCAAUAUAGUUAUUGUUUUUGAAGGAAUAAAUAUAGAACUGGCAAAUCAUAAAGACAAGAGUUUACACUGAAUCUGAUGGAAAAUCAUAGUGUUGCAGUUUUCUAUCAUUGUUUGGGUCAUGUUUGGAUAAUAUUAUUAACUACCUGUUUUUGAGGAAAAAACCGCAAGUUUGUUAUUGCUCCACUUAAUUUGAGGAUCAUUGAUCAAUAUAACUAAUCAUUGUCCAGGUAUUAAAUUAGAGCAGCCAGUCCUUUUUCAUGCUCUGUCUCCCUUUGAAUCAUGUACUCUGUUGUUCCACUAAAACAUGUUUUAAAAUUCAAGACUUUUUUGUUGUAAUGAGAGAGAAAGAAGUUAUGGACCGGAACAUUUAUGUUUUAUUUGAUAAUCGUUUGUAAUAAUCUACUGUUAAUCACAUGUACAUGUACAUAUUUAAGCCAUGAUCACUAACAACCAUAGUCAUCAAAGUCUAACCAAAACAUUUAGGUGCAAGCUGACCCUAAGUUGUAAUCUUGGUUCAUUUGAGGUUUACAUAGCCUAAAUUUCAGCUGUCUCCUCAUUUCCUUUUGUCGCAAACUGCAAAGAGAGACAUCUGAAUCGAGAAGAAGCUAAUGCUAAAUUUAGGAGCUGUACAAGCAAAAGAUCCAUCCAGCCAUACAGUUGACAGUUUGAACAUUUAAUACAAGUUUUGAGGGAAACAAUACAAAUGACUCUCUAGGCUGUAGACCUAAUCCUGGAGAAAUUGAUUUCUUUGUUUAUGAUUAAAAGGUAUACCAUUUGCCAUGAAUUAGGCAAAGGGUAGUUGACGUCACUGGACUGCAUUAGCAGCUUGUUGAUUGAGAUGCCUCUUGGGAGUUUUGGCUGUAGGAGAAGGCUUAAGUUCAGGCUAAGGUUUAAAGAGAAAGAAAAAUUUAUCAAAAAAGAUAGCAAUAUUACAUUCCUGCAAACAUUUUUUCCAUGAAUGGUCUAAUUCAGCUUUAAAAGCCAAAGGUUUAGCAUAAAAGAGAACAGCAGAUCUUCAUUAGAUUUCGUAUGCACAUAUUGUAAGUUCUAAGUUUAACAGCAGGAAGAUCGGAAGUUGAUGUACUCUAACUUUUAAAAUUGUUCAAUAAAAGUUCAGUGCAGCGUUGGCCAGUUUUUAAGUAUUAUAAGCAGAAAAAACUCUUGUAAACUCUGCUUUUUUUAAUGUCAAACCGGUGUCCAAUAGUAAGUGUAUCAAGGAUUAUAAUAUGAGUACUUUUUACUUUUUUAACGUUAAACCGGUGUCCAAUAGUAAAUAUAUCUAGGACUGUAAUAUGAGUACUUGCUAGUGUUGUUGAGGGAAACCCUGUGAUGCACUUAAUAAGGUAUCAUCCAGGAGGGAGCAAUAGUACUCUUAGCUACUGGAAUGCUUGCAUGCCAAAGUGUGAUGCAUGGCCCAUCAUGUAGGCCAUCUUGGCUUUGCAUUCACUUGACUUACUUGCUCAUAUGAAUGGUUCUCUGUAAUAAGGUCCUUUUUUUGUUCAGACACACCUACUGGCUAUAUGUCUGAAGAUGGUGGCUCACCCCGCCCAGUUGACCCCAAUUCCAUGGAUGUUGAUACUGUGAAUUCACCGCCUUCUGUGUCGCAUCAACAAGGUGGGUGUGAAUCAAUGUUUAGUUCAGUCUUGAACAAUUUUUUUAAUGAUUUAGAAAGGAGGCAAUUGACCUUCUCAGAAGGAUUGAUAUAGAAUGUAAUCAUAAUAAUUCAAGACAAAAGUGGUCACCUACCUUGACUCGAGGAAAAUAAUUAUUAUAUUCUACAAUGUAAGCAGGGUUCUCGAUUGGAUUUGAAGUGAUUGUCUGCUCAACCUUGACUAGGAGGCUGUGACAAACAGAAGGGCCAUAUACUAGGGAGGGAAAAGCAGCAAAUAGAAUAUAAAGUAAGCGGCUACAAAUUCCAAGUAGGCAGCGAUCAAUCACCAGGUGCCGGCUUCUAUUGAGAACACAGCUGUGGAAGCCUUGUGAGCAUAGCCAUUGUAUGUUAGUUAUUUUAGGUGUCUUUUCUUGCUUAGGAUGUAAGAAUGUGAGGAACUGCUUUGCUGUUGUAGGCUGUGUAGUAUCGUCAAUAACUGUAUGUUGAGGUCACCAGAGCUGUUGUUAGUUGGACCAUCUAAAUAAUGCUAUGUUUAUUUUUUUUCAGAUUUUUCUCAUGCAACUGCAAUCAACUACCAGGAACCCUCCUCAUGGUGUUCUAUAUCCUACUAUGAAUUGAAUAACAGAGUUGGUGAACAGUUCCAUGCCCACUGCACUAGUGUCGUUGUUGAUGGAUUUACCGACCCCAACACUGCAAACUCAGAAAGAUUCUGCUUGGGACUGUUAUCAAAUGUCAAUCGUAAUUCAACCAUUGAAAGCACAAGACGACACAUUGGGAAAGGUGUGCAUCUGUAUUAUGUUGGAGGAGAGGUUUAUGCUGAAUGCCUCAGCGACUCGGCCAUAUUUGUGCAGAGUAGGAAUUGUAACCACAGUCAUGGUUUUCAUCCAACAACAGUUUGCAAGAUUCCAUCGGGCUGCACUUUGAAAAUUUUCAACAACCAAGAAUUUGCUCAGCUGCUUUCUCAGUCAGUCAAUUAUGGAUAUGAGGCUGUUUAUGAGUUAACAAAGAUGUGUUCAAUCCGCUUGAGUUUUGUCAAAGGCUGGGGAGCCGAAUACCAUCGACAAGAUGUAACAAGUACUCCAUGCUGGAUUGAAAUUCACCUUCAUGGCCCUUUACAUUGGUUAGAUAAAGUCCUUAGUCAAAUGGGUCCACCAAGAAACCCAAUAUCUUCUGUUUCUUAAAUUGGACUAUAAAGGCUUUGAUGUUUCUUAAUAUUUUGUGUUCUGUUCGGUACUCUUAACUCGGACUGCUUGACUCGAAUAGGAGACUUUUCAGUUUUUUAGCUAGGCUCAAUAAAAGUUUUACAUAGAAGCUGCUUAGAAAUUCUGUGAUCAAGUUUUGCUUGAUUUGAAGCCUUUUUUAUCAAAGCUGGUUUAAAGUUACUAACUGCUUGAAAAGGUUGCAAUCAGGUAUUUUUAUUAAAGAUGUGCAAAAGUUGUGAGCUACUUGAAAAAGUGACGAUCAAGUUGUGUUACAGUUUGUUGGUAAAAUUAUGCAUGGUUAGCUCGUAUGUCGCUAUUUUCGAAUUAUUAUUAUCCCACAUUUAAGCAAAGAUCAUUGUUUAAUAUUCUUCUGUUAAUGAACCUGUACAUUUGUUAACAUUUUAUUUUCCAUUUACAUGUAGCAUCUGUCUUGUAUAACCAGCUGUGCUUCAGUGUAAUGUAAAAUUCACUAAUAAUAAUGGUGUUAUUAUAUCUCAUAACUUCUAUUCAUUGUUUCAAACUAGGUAGUUAUCAUUUAGUACAAAUCUCAGAACCCUUACCUCCUAAAAAUGCCAAAAGUCAAAAUCUUUAAUUUUUUAAAUUUUUGUAAAAUAUGAUUGAAAAUCUAAAAAAUUAAACCUCUUCUGUUUAUAACUGUGCACCUUCUCUAGAGGGAGCCCCUGUCCAAACCCAUAUCAAGAUUUUCCACUCACAGUACUAUAAAAUAUGGAAACCAAAUGUGAACAACAGUUACUACCUUUUUGGGUGAUAAUUUAAUAUUUUCACCGGUAAAUAAUGUUGACAUCUCUAGGAGGCAACCACUUGACGGUGUGUGGCAGGUUGCAUAUACCUUAAAUUCAGAGGUAACUGCUAAAGUCUAGUGUUUUAAAAAUAAUAUAAUAGAAACUACUGGUUGAGGUCGAGUAUGGUGAUGACAACUUGAGGGUGGUACAAGACCUCUCUGCCAUGUGAUAUUAAAUAGCACAAAUUUUGUGCUAUUCUUGCUAAGUUUUAAGGACGUAGUCGGCCUAUUUCUUCUUCUUUUAAAGUACAAAAUCUUGUGCCAUUUCCUCCAGCUCUUCCAAAACUGCUGAGCUACUGUGCCUUCUGCUGUCCCUGACACCCGGGACUGUCAGCACUCUCUUAUUUUUAUUUUGAGUCGCAUUAGAUUGAGAGGAGGGGAGAGCCGCGACAAACUGCCCCAAUCUCUCCUCCUUUUUUUCAUGAAAUUGCAGAAUAGUACUUUUUCAAUCGCUACUUAGAAGAGUUUGGUCUGUAUCAUACACUGUAGUUAAACAUUACCGUGUGAAAGCACUCUCCAUGCUUAUGACAUUUCAUUUAAAUGGUCACCGCACUAUUUUAUCCACAGAUAAAAAGUUUGAGCUGUAGGUACUGGUUACAAUAAUUAAGACGGAAUCCAUCAGAAAUUGAGUAAUUUUAAUUUUCAGUGGACAAAAACCUUGUACCAAUAUAAUUUAACAUAUAUUGCAUUCUUUUUUUACCUUUUCAAUGCCUAAAUAUGUAAUUAGUCAUCUGUAAUAACACCAAAGAAAAUUUGUAUGAUAGAUGACUAAUUACAUCUUUAGCCCUUGAAAAAUGUAAAAAAUAAUUUAAUAUUCUUUGACUUAUUUGGUACAAGGUUUUUGUCCACUGACAAUUUAAAUCACUCAAUUUCGUGGUGGAUUCCGUCUUAAAAUUGUUAUGCAAACAAUCCACUCUUUAGACUAAUGAAAAGCUGUAAUUCUAUUUGUUUACUGUCAGUGAAAUGAAUCUUGAAACCAAUCUGAUUUUUUUGGUCAGCAACGAAGAUUGGGAUAAAAGGAUCAAAGCCUCUGGGCAGCGAUCAUGAAAUCAUAAUAAAGUAAUUAUGAGGAAAACAAAGUCGUUUAGUUGUAGGUUAAAAUUAAUAUUUGAAUCAGUAACAUCUCUGCUAAAUGGACAUCCAGGGACGUCUCCAACUGAUGUUGUCCAGAAACUGGGGUGUUCCUAUCAUCCUUCCUGCUUUGCAACCAUGCAACAAGGCAUAUGGUAUUCAAAGCACUAACAAAAUGGCUUUUAAAUCAGAGUACUAAAGUAAUGACAUCAUAAAAAUGAAAUUUCUGAAAUUAUGGGAUUUGUCAGGAUAUUCUGAAAGAACAAUGUCCAAGAGGCCUACUUACCAAAAGUGAGCAUUUCGGGGCAAAUUGUCUCUGAGCAGGAGCCGAUGUUAGCCGGUUAUACUCAGAAAACUCCAUAUAAACCCUUUAAAUUUAGAAGGGUUGUAUGGAGUGUGCUAAGCAUAACUGGGCUACGAUCUCAGAGACAAUUUGCACCGAAAUGCUCAUUUUUGCCAAGUAGGCCUCUUGGACAUUGUUCUUUCAGAAUAUCCUGACAAAUCCCAUAAUUUCAGAAAUUUCAUUUUUAUGACGUCACACUUUAGUGCUCUAACGCGACUUUUCGCGACUUUGAUGCGCCCAAGCUAUUAUCGUUCAGCGGAGAAACUCAUGCGCACUUGGCCUUUGCCUUUAGAUGACGUAGCAACAUGCUACCUUCCCACCCCUCCCUCUUGUAGUUGAUUUGCCAUGACGGACGCCAUGACAAAGGGAUUUUCCGGCAAAGUGCCCCUUCCUUCCGAUUCUUCUUAGUGAAUUUAUCACUAGCAAAGCACAAAGAAAUCAUCUAGUGGGUAAUUCUUUCGAUCAGAGCGUUGAGUACUCAAAACAGUGUACCUGAAACAAAAUGGCGAACAUGGCGUCUUUGUUUUCAUUCACUCAUCCAGCUGUUAAAAGGCUUCUUGGUUGGAAACAAGGUGAUGAGGAAGAGAAGUGGGCAGAAAUUGCCAUUGGAUAUUUAUCCAAGAAACUGAAAAAGAAAAAGGGUGCCCUUGAGGAGCUGGAGAAGGCAUUAUCCAGCCCUGGCCAGCAGUCAAAAUGCGUCACCAUCCCUCGGAGUUUAGACGGGCGUAUUCAAAUUUUACAUAGGAAAGGUUUGCCGCAUGUAAUUUACUGUCGAGUAUGGCGAUGGCCUGAUCUUCAAAGCCACCACGAGUUAAAACCGUUGGAUUGUUGCGAGUAUGCUUUUGGGCUGAAACAAAAGGAAGUCUGCAUAAAUCCGUAUCACUACAGACGAGUCGAAAGUCCCGGUGAGUGUUCAGAUUGAUAGCUCUGAUCUGAAAACUCUAAUUCGUCUGAGAAAAUCUAUGGACACCAAGCUAAGCGACUCAACUGGAAUCCCGAUUUUUCGAAUUUCCAGUACCAUGAGAAAAGCAAAUUGGUUUGAAUUAUCCGGGAGGUGUGAAAAAUCAGGGGUAAAAUUACAAUGUUUGACUGGAGAAGAGAAGUUAGGUUGUGAUCGAAUUAUUGGGAAUUUCGAAAAACAGAGGACUCAAGAAAUCGAUGUCAAUAGGGCUAUUUAUACGAGGAAAAAUAAGACGCAUCUUUCAUUAGACAUGUCCUAAUUAAGAUACAAACUAUCUCGUAUAAAUGGCACAUUAAGACGGGACUUAGCUAAGACGCAUCUUACCAAAGAACAGGUGUUAGGGGCUGUUCUUAGAUGAGAUGCCUCUUAGCUAAAGUUCAGACAAAAUGUGCCCUUUAUACAGGAUAGUUUGCCUCUUAUUUAGGAUGUGUCUUUUGUGAGAUGGGUGUCAUUUUUCCUCGUAUAAACAGUCAAUCAAUCAAUUUAUUUAUUAACGUCAAUAUGUGGGAUGGGGUUGCCCUGACCAUCUGAGCCAGAGGCUCGUGUAUAAAUGCAUGCUCAUGUAUAAAAUGGCCCUAAUGUUGCUAUAACACUGACAGUUUUUGACGUCCAUUCUUGGAAAAUGGCACACACAAGAGAAAAACAAAUUUCAGCAUCACGUCAUUGCCAUGGUCUCUUCUCUUCACCAGACAAUGUUUUUCGGUUCAGUACUUUACUCAUAACACCCGGGAUACACUUCUUUGUUUUACCUAUUUCUUUGCUACCAUUGCCGCCCUUUGCAAUAACAUAAAGAAUAUAACUACUGUCUACAACUUUUGCAACAGUCAUUCACUCUAACAGACCUCUCAGGAAAGGAAUGCCUUCUUCAGCGGGUUCAAAAGGUCACAUCUGCAGGUUGUAAUUUGGUGAUUUGGAUCCCUGUUGUUUAUUUUGAUCAUGAUUCAGAACUAACUUUCCCGGAAUGUAAUGUUGUUUUUCUGUAAUCUCAUUUGUCAACUUUGUCUAGAUGGUCCUGUGGUUAUAGUAGUCACACUGCAAUUACAUGCAACAGUUAAAGACUUUGUACAGUUAACUCCCUCCAAGACAGACUGUCAUCUUCGGGACCAGCACUAAUAAAUGUGUCCGUCUUAGAGAAAUGUCAGUCUUAUAGAGUUGAGUCAACUUAAUGGAAUAUAGAAAGGCAGGGACCAACUCUGGGUGUCUGUCUUACUGUGGUGUCCAUGUCCAUCUAGUAGAGGUGUCUGUUAAAAGAGAGUUGAUUGUAUCCGUCUUAUAGAGUCAAGUCAAUUUAAUGGAAUAUAGAAAGGCAGGGACCAACUCUGGGUGUCUGUCUUAGUGAGGUGUCCAUGUCCAUCUAGUAGAGGUGUCUGUUAAAAGAAAGUUGACUGUAUCACAUAUUGUAUCCAUCUUAUAGAGAGUCAACUUAAAGGAAUGUAGAAAGGCAGAGACCAAUUAUUUUGGGUGUCUGUCUUAGCAGAGGUGUGCGUUAAAAGAGAGUUGACCGUAUCGAGGACCAUGUAGGUUACUGGAGGGGAAAGGAACAAAAUAGGGAGGAGAGAGACCUUCCCCCUCUUACUGGGAUAAUGCUACUCAGCCCUGAAUUUUUUGUGUAUAUUGAAGUGAACAGAGAACAGCAUUCUACAAGUAUUUUGCUGGAUGGAAUGGAAAAACCUUCCCAGUUUAACAUUUUCUGGCAUAUUCUUGUCUUUUUAAGUUUUACCACCAGUCCUGGUUCCAAGACCGAACAGUGCAUACCCGAAGCUUCCUCCUCCACUACCAUUCAGAAGUGCUGAAGAACCACCAAUGCCAUACAAUGCUUGUUUUCCAUUUAAAACAUCUCAUCAACCUCAACCAAAUCAGAGCCCAGCCAUGUAUGUUCCAGGUAGAGUAUAUUCCUUGCAACUGUACCUAGAUUUCAUCAUAAGUAGCCUGAGAAAAUUGCCGACAUUUCGGGAUGCCACCACUGUUUUCCCGCGAGAUUACAUCUGAGAAACGAGUGGAGAAAUUCCAUUGGAUGAAGCAAAUUUCCAACCAAUCAGAAGCACUAUCAAGAUCUGGGUAGUGACGUGUCAUCAGUAUGGAAGUUUGCACUCGUUUCUCAAAUGUCAUUUCGUGGGGAAACCACUGGUUACGUCACGAAAUGUUGGCUUUUUUAUUUUACUCAGGCUACAUCAUAAGCUUUUUAUGUUUUUAACUCCAACCAUAGAUAGGCAGGUCUAUUCAUUAAUUUUUGUGAGCAUACACUUUAGGGAGUGGUUUUGCUCUCCUUUUAGCAUUGGGGUAUCUGUAACUUGAAAAUGAUUAGGCACUGACAAAAUGAAUAAUGUAAGUACUACUAUACCAUUUUAAAUUUCUGCUGAAGAGGUUUUUAUUUGACUGGUCAUACCAUAGGAUUUUGUCCACAGACUCAGAACUACAGAGUAAAUACGUAGUUUCAUGUGGAAAUGCCGCUGAAGACGUUUCAUUUGAAUGGUCACACCAUAGGAUUUGGAGCACAGACUUAAAAGUUACAGCUACACAUACUAAGUUCAUAAUACCAUGUGGAAGUACUGCGGAAGAGGUUUUGUUUGAAUGGUCACACCAUAGGAUUUGAAGCACAGUUCAUAGUACCAUGUGAAAGUACUGCUGAAGAGGUUCCAUUUGAAUGGUCACACCAUAGGAUUUGGAGCACAGACUCAAAUUUUACAACUCCAUUACAUGGCUCCUUCAUUCAUUCCGGGAGUGAUUCUUUUACCUGUUAAGACUUAACAGGUAGAAGGAAGAUGCAGUUAAAACAUACAAGACUUUAAGAAACCCAAAGAAAUGGUCACAGAUUGAAGUAAUUAGCCUGCAAGCAGAGUCACUUGUGUGAGGUCAGGGAUAAUUGCUUUGCAUGUGAGAAGAAUGGGCUGAGUAAAAGUCACUUUACCUCCAAAAUAGCAGCAAGUUUGUUAAGUUCGUUUGUUUUUUUUUUGUAGAAUCACCCAAAAGUUACAUCUCUGAAGAUGGUGGUUCACCUUGUCCUGUGGACCCAAACACCAUGGACGUGGAUUCAAUGAGUGCUCCACCAACAAUGGUCAACAACCAGCCAGGAUGUGGGUUAUUUUAUUAAUUGGAAAUUAAUGUUUGUGUUACUGUGACACAGACAAAACCAUGAAUACCAGAAAUAUGAUGUUAUUCCAUUGUUAAAAAAGGCCAAUCAGACAUGAGCAAUCUAAACCGCAAGUAGCAAAUGGUAAUCAAUGAGUUUGUGGUGGUUUGGAGGUUUGCUUGUGUGUCAUGAACUUUAUUGAGCUGUUUUGAAAAAAAAUAGCUAUAAUUAUGUCAGUGGUCUGAGCAUAUGUGUCUUUGUGGCUUUUUGUGUUUGUACAUUUGUAAAUGUGCCCAUGUUUUUGAUUGGUCACUACACCAGUCAUGUUUGUGGCAUAGGCAUUGUAUUAUGUCACUUAAGCUCUUAUACUUCAUGAUUUUUCUUUCCUCUUAGAUUUAUCCCAUGUUACACCAGUGAACUACCAGGAACCCUCCUCAUGGUGUUCUAUAUCCUAUUAUGAAUUGAAUAACAGAGUUGGUGAGCAGUUCCAUGCCAACUGCACUAGCAUCGUUGUUGAUGGAUUUACCGACCCCAACACUGCAAACUCAGAAAGAUUCUGCUUGGGUCUGCUGACUAACAUCAACCGAAAUUCAACCAUUGAAAGCACAAGACGACACAUUGGGAAAGGUGUGCAUCUGUAUUAUGUUGGAGGGGAGGUUUAUGCUGAAUGCCUUAGCGACUCAGCCAUAUUUGUGCAGAGCAGAAAUUGUAACCACAGUCAUGGUUUUCACCCAACAACAGUUUGCAAGAUUCCAUCUGGAUGUACACUGAAAAUUUUCAACAACCAAGAAUUUGCUCAGCUGCUUUCUCAGUCGGUCAACUAUGAUUUUAAGACUGUGUUUGAGCUGGUCAAGAUGUGCUCCAUUCGUUUAAGCUUCGUCAAAGGCUGGGGUGCAGAGUAUCACCGUCAGGACGUCACUAGUACUCCGUGUUGGAUUGAAAUCCAUCUACGUGGUCCUCUGCAGUGGCUUGAUAAGGUGUUAUAUCAGAUGAGCACACCAGAAAAUAAACCAACUUCUCAUUCUUAACAAUAACACUCAGGACAAGAAGUGUUUGUUUCAUUAAUCAAAGACUAAAAUUAUUAAUAUUUGUAAAAUAAUGAAUAAUAAUAUGGUUUUAGCCUAGUAGACAGGUCAUAAGUAAUUUGAAUAGGAUUUUGGUUACUGAGAGUAAAUGAAUUUUCAUUUACCUGUCUCAAGGUCAGUGUUAUAUUCAAGUGAGUGCUGUAUUUAUCAAUGACAUUUUAUUGCUUGAACGAUUAUAUCCAACCCACGUAGUAAAAUUAAAUAAUAAUUGUUUUAAAUGAUAGGUUUGCAGCAGAUGUAAAACAAAAACAUGCAAAUUAAAAAUCUUAUCUGCUCUAGGUGACACUGCAAGGUCAGAGUAAAAUAAUUACCGACAGUAUAUUGAAUAAAAUAUGUGGAAUGCCUGCAGCAAGCAAUAUUUCAUUUUAUUAUAUGGAGGAGAGUGUUUUACUGGGAACUAAACCACUUGUAGAUUCCAUACGCCACUUCAUCCGGGACCCGAGUGGCGUAUUUUCCGUAUGUCACCUUUGUGAGUGUCGUAUCGUUCAAUGACGUCUUGAUUCCCGCCUUUUGCUUUUGUUGAAAUGGUUUCUCCAUAUAAUAAAAAGAACAUUACACAUUGGCUCGAAGAUAUGAAUUUUAUGUUCUCGUGGCAAAAACAAUAUCUCACUCGUUCGCUUCGCUCACUCGUGAGAUAUUCUUCUUGCCACUCGAACAUAAAAUUCAUAUCUUCUCGCCACCGUGUAAUAUCCUCUAUUUAUCUGAUUAGUUUUAUUGAAAAGUAAUACUUUAAGUAUUUACAGUAUUUGUAACUUGACAAAUAGAGACACUGUUAAAUUUCACAUUACAUGGUUUUAGCACCUUUAAACAUAGUUAGUAGAGGGGACUGGUUGGGACAAACUGGCAAACAUUGAAGUUGAAAACAAUGGUGCAGUAGUUUAUUUUGGAAGCUCCCUGACUCUGCACAAUCCUUUGUUUUUUGUUUACAAAUUGUGACUGAAUAAAUUAAUGGUCAGUAAGUUGAAAAUGAUAGGAAUGCUAUUGAAAGUUGUACGCAGUCAGGUCCAAAAAGGCUAACAAAAAC